UUUUAUCGAUAAGUCCAUCUCGUAACAAAUUGUUAAAAUUGGCUAAAAAUGAAUAAAAUUACGCGUGCUUUUAUAAGCGUACUGCGGCAAAGCAGCUCCACUUGCACCAGCUCAACACUCCUGGGUCGACAGUUGUCCUACAAAAGCGACUUGUCGCUGGACAAAAUUUACCCAAGUGCACGCCUGCAGCUCUAUACGCCGCCCCCGCCGGUAAGUCCCCCAGGGAGUGCAAACAAGUUCAAUGGCUACAUACCUAUGGAUAAGUUGGAGAUUACCUAUAGUCGCAGCUCUGGACCUGGGGGCCAGCACGUAAACACCGUGAACACCAAAGUGGACGUUCGCUUCAAGCUGGCCGAGGCGCAGUGGAUACCAGAAGAAACGCGCCAGAAGCUGCUCAAGGUGCUGGCAAACAAGAUCACCAAGGAAGGCUACUACUACGUCAAGAGCGACGUCAGCCGUUCCCAGCAGCUCAAUCUGGCUGAUGCCUUGGAGAAGCUGCGCACCGUCAUCCGGGCCCAGGAAGUUGAGGUGGCAGCGCCCAGCGAGGAGACACUAGAAAGAGUGCGCCGGCGACAAGAGCGGGCAGCCCGCGAGCGUCUUCAGCUCAAACGAGGUCGCGCUCAGGUCAAGGCGGAUCGGCAAGGCCCAGGGGGUGUGGACUUCUAAUUGUUAUUGAAAAUUGUUGCACAAAGAUUCAUCAUUACACGUAGACAUUUAACACAAAGAAACUAUAAAUUCUCAACGCUCCUCUCGAGCAGGUGUGAC